UGCGUCUUGCGUUACGGCUCGGACUGUGAGGAGGCUACAGUCAGUUUCUAGGUCAUGAUGAGUUCCUGCGUCGGCCAGUUAUAUGUUUUCGUGAAUUCGUUUUCCAUUGAAUUUUAAAGGUUUUUCUGGAUGUUUUGCUCAUUUUGCAGUGUGUAGGUCAGUUUUUGUCACUGAGUGCUACUAUUUAGCUUAUUUUUAGCCUGAAGUUCACAGUUAUUAUGUUGGUAGUCCAAGAUCUUGGACUAAUAAUCGAUUAUUGUAAACCUGCAAUCAUUGAGCUAAUUAACGUAUACUCGGCUAAUAUAGUAACAUAGACUAUGCUAAUAAUAGUAACAUUAAACUCCCUUACUGUUUUGCCAUUGCAAAGCUAGCAUUUUUUUCGUGCGCAUUGCAGACUUUUUGGGGCAAAACCUUCGUGUAGAUCUACUUACGUGGGACAGUGUCCCGAAGUUUGCCCCAAAAAGUCUGCAAUUUGCCCAAGUCCACCCAAAAGUCUGCAGUGCACCCGAAGUAUGCCCCCCAAAGUCUGCAAUGCGCCCGAAAAAAAUGCUAGCUGGGUGUUUCACAGUGAACCUGUGCGCUGAUUUUCCAGCAUGAGUGGCACUAAAUCGAACCUACUGGGUUUGCUUAUCAACGUUGUUCCAGCCCUCACAGGACAUAGUAAGCAUGGACUAGCGUUACUCCCGAGUGGAAAGUUUUGAUCCAGUACGCAUGCUGUAGCUGUCUUUUUAAGCACGACCUGUGUCAUUUCAGAACAUGGUGGGUAAAUAUGAUCUUCAGUUACCAUAAAAAGGCAUUAUCGAGGAAUAGGUUAGAAAAAAUUUAGAAGUGUUUUAAGCUUGGUGGUGCUGCGGUCCAAGUGAUAAAUCGUAUUAAUCACCGUUAUUCAGGAUAUGCUAUGAACCGGAAAUCCUCAGCUGAAAAACGUAUAAAUAAGACACAGAUCGGUGUAAUUUAUAACAGACUCCAAAUUGCUUUCAUCACGAAACAAUCAACCAAAGUAUGCUUUAAACUGUUGCUCUCAGCCGUUUGAAGGGAAAUUUACUUAAUCCCAAAGGUCAUUGAAUCGACAACUUAAAAAAGUAGAUUAGUUAAUACAUACAUUUAUCUAUAUGUACUAAUUAAGGAUACACUAAAUUUUUAGAAAUUGCAGUUGAAUUUUAUUCGCCUAGUAAUCAAAAAUGCACACAUCCUAUUUUGGACUUAAAAUAAAUGCAUCGAAAUUAUUGUUAGUUUAUAUUCAGUUACUAGGCAUUCUCAUACAUCUUAAUGUACUUUAAACACCACCAAUGCAUCCAAAUAACGUGUGACUAUCACACUACACUCAUACCAAAAAAAUUAACACGCCAUUAUAUAAUGGUAAGGUAAGCCUUAAAUCAUACUGACUGUAAAUUUCCGUGUCAAAAUAAAAAGAUUGCCGCUUUAACCUAUAUUUUAGACCAAUAGGAAGCCAGCUAACCAACAGCCAAUCAAAAUCUGCCUAUAUCUAUUUUCACUGAGUAAGUGGGUUUUUCGUGGUGAUCGCCGUGGUAUAGAGUCAUGAGGAGUUCUGCUAAUAAUUUCACCGGUUAAGACAGCUGACUGAUUUGACGAAAAUUCAUAGUUUCAGCAAUGCCAUGCAUAUAUGUGUAUGUCGUCGAAUUUCUAUGAGAAACUAUACUUUCGUUCAAGUAUAGUAAGAAACAAGCACCACGAAAUCUUAGGGUUUAUGCGAGCACAUCGGAAUAAAGCAACAAUAAAGAAUAGAUAUCAAAGUGGCUUUUAAUCAACCAAUAAGAUGACUCAGCGUAACACAUGGAUGGUGUUCAUUAUCUUCGUUGCAAGUUUCACUCAGAUGUUUUAUUACCAAUAAUACGAGAACAGUAAAAAGUAGACACCGGAGCCAAAUGACCUUGAAUCCGCAAAGUAUAUUCUUCUAGGUGAAAAAUGGCAUUUACUUUAAGACAUGUUAUAAAACCGAAUUAUACAGGGCUUAUAUCUCUAAUCUACUGUAGCAACUGAUCCUAUUUAUUUAUAGGAGUGUCUGCAGACAUACCAAACCAAUGUUAAUACAAAAAGUCCAAGUGGCUGUAACUAAUAUCGGGGACCAUUUACUAUUAUAAUAAGGUGUUUUAGAUGAACCCAGAGUCCUUCAAUAGAAUUUGUACGAGUUCCACUUAUGCGACCUACUAAUUCAGAAGUAUGAUUGAUUUUAGGAUGAAUAUAGUCUAAUGGCAAAGUAUGUGCCAACGGUCAAAUAAUCUUGAACUCACCAACGACAUGAUAUAGGAGACUUUUGCCCAUAAAAUACAUAUAUUCAUGACAAUUAUGAAUUGAAAGGCAUGACACUGUUACACAGGAUACCCUUCUCUGUCGUGUGACAAAAAUACUUAGUUUUGGAUUGGAGUACCAACAGAGUAACUUAACCACAUUCUAUGCAUGGAGUGAUGUAGGUCUUCUAAACCUAACAAUACCCGUAAUCUUUCCUUAUCCUAACCCUAACGGUGGAAUAUCUCUAAACUAACCAUAAUCUAACUCAAAACAAUACUAACGUCUCCUAUAUUGGGUUUAACUAAUCCUAGAACUCAAUUUCAUUUUUCUCGAACCGCAGCUGAAACAUCCCAGGUAUCUUACUUACAACUACAGUAUAAUUAACCAGAUUUCACUAAGUUUCUCACUGAACGUUUCAAGGCCAUCGGUGUGGUCGCACUCUACUGGUACUUACUAGUGCUUAAAGUUCAACCUGGCCCUAUGGGGAAUAAAAUAAGCCAUUAGGCUUAGUUUGUUGACCUCUACAAAGCCUGGUCGUAGAUGGUCUCAGUAUAUUCCAUUGCGAAAUGAUGCUAGGUCCUUUGGAUACGCUAAAAAGCCCCCUUUGCUAAAUGCAUAAACUUGUGUGGAUUCGAAUUAUUGUUCUGGGUUUAUUAGAGUCAAUUUUAUGUAGUGCAAAACAUUUUAAUUCCCUAAGCUCUGUUAUAACUAUACAGAAAGUGUACGGCACUUGCUAACACAUUUGUAAGCUGGUUUAAGUGUCUUCAAUUUCUCAAGAGCUACUAUGGCUUUUAACUAAAGUGAUUAACUUGAAAAAUCUUCACCUUCUUAUUGUAUUUAUUUAGAAUCAUUAUUUCUACAAAAUGGAAUCAAAAGACAAUCCCCCUAAGCCUUUUGUGUUUCCAGUUAUGAAAAAAACCAUUGAAGAUUUGUUUACAAAGUCGAAAAUCACAAAAGAUGAUAUUGAAGCAUUUCAAGAUAAAUACUGGGAACAACUUGUUCCAAAUUUUAGUCAAGCAUUAAAACUUCUCGAUAUACAUGGAGUGCCAAGACACAAUAUUCUAUGGAGUAUAAACGAUCGCCUUAUGGAUGCUAUCAAGGCUAGAGUUGAUUCAAAACCUGAUGAUUGUGAUCAAAGAAAAUGUCAGAAACUAUGGCAGAAACUUAUCAAAACUGGUAUUGUAUACAUUCAUCAUCCAUAUAUGCGUUCUUUAAUUAUGCAGGUUCUUGGCAAAAUGAAUUCAAUUAAAGAAAGACAUGUUAAUUUAAUUGUUGACAAUAAAUAUUUGUAUGAUGAUGCACCACUACCCGUUCUGCGUCAUAUUUGGGUUGCACAUCCUCACAAAUUUCAAGAAGAAUUGGAUAAAGUUGUGGCAACAUUUCAGUCGACAUGGUCUUCUGCUAUUCUAGAUGCUCUUUCAAUGUCAAUUAUGUCAACGGCAACGACUACAGCUGAUCUUGUCCCCAUUCUGUAUUGGCCACCACGUCGGCGUAGACGUGAUCCAUCCAUUGUAAGAAUUGUUGAAAUGAUUGGAGAAGGUCAAGUCUUAUAUGAUAAGACGAUAAGUAUUCUACGCGAAGAAUGUACAAAACAUGAAAAAUCCGCUUUUUCACUUUUGGGACAACAAAUCAAAGGGGGGGUUACCACCGGUAACAGUUCAGUAGAUGAAACAGAUGAACCGUCAGCUAAACGAAGCAGACAUCGUACGUCGAGUAGAGAGAAACUGCCAGAAACACAGAGUCCCAAUAGUAAUAGUAAUCCAUCUAUCCCGUAUAUCCCAUUAGCUUUUAUGCCAAAUCAACCGUCAUUUGCUUCAGCCACCUUAUGUACACUGCGUUUCGAUUUAUUGAUGAGUUUAAAUGAGGCUAAGAUAGAUAGGCUAUGCGUUCCGGAUAGGAUACAUCGUUUUGUUUGGUGUUUAGAUGCAUGUGUACGGAAUCGUAGAAUUGAUCAACGGCAUGCUAGUGAAUUAGCUUAUCACUUACAGUUGCAACGUCGUCGAUGGGCAAAAGAGGCAGCAGCAGCAGCAGUGGCUAACGAGAAACAAGAGGCGGUUCACGAAGAAUCUGAACGCUGUCGUGGGAAAAAUGCCAAAAGUUCGAAAAGUGGUCGUAAACGAUCUCCUUCAAAUUCUGCUGCAGAGAAGAAUUGUGAUGCAGGCGAAACAGGUAGUAGAUUAUGUGAUGCAAAUUUGUUAGAAAGAGAUAUGCAUAUGGCUUGUCGAGAUCCAUGGGUUGUAUACACCAUUUGUACCUCUUUGAUUCGUUAUGUAUUGCAUGGACUUUACGAAGAUAAAGUACCUCGUGAUAUACCAGAAGUUCACUUACUUGUUCAUCUAUUAGUGCUUGGUCUAGGCGAUGAUUUGGUUCCACAUUAUUGCUUACAAUCUUCAAAAAGUAAAGAAACACAUAGUGGUGGUAGUGGUAAGCGUAGUACACCGUCGUCUUCAUCAUCGAUGUCAGCGUCGUCUUCAGAUGAUCCUGUAUUAAACUGUCCAGCUAAGGCUCUUAUCAGUUAUAUUCUACCAGCUGUUGCUCAGCUACAAGUUUCCACAUGGAAAGCUCAAGUAGCUGAAGAAAUCAUAACUGCAAGUAAUAGUGUAUGGUCAACUGGUGUAGAAGUUUCAGGUGGGACUGUUUCAACAUCCAGCCAACGACAAUCAUCGUCAUCAUCAUCGUCGCAUGAGUCGUCAAGAGAAUCAAUUAAUCCACCGCCUCCCCCACCAUUGGUUUGGCAGAAACGUAUUAAAGAUGCUACUCAAUGUACCAGUAUCAGUAUACCGCCUGGUUAUUUAGCCCAUCCAAUAGGCUAUCUUAUUCUACAAUACCAUUGUCUAUUUUGUUUGGAGCGUAAUGAAUUGGCAACACUUCGUGCAUUGUUAAAACUAGCUGUAACACUAGCACAAACACGUGGAAGUCGUGCUAGUAGUAGUGGAGGUGGUAGUAGUGGCAGCAGCGGCAGUCACAAUAAGCCGACUACACCUAAUCCGUCGUCGUCUGCGGCAUCGUCGUCAUCAUCAUCGUCAACGGCUGCUGCUGCUGCUGCCACGACACCAACAAAAGUUCAUCAUCAUCAUCAGCCAGACAUACCAGUUUAUAAUAAAUACGGUUUGUCUGUUGUGUUUCGUUGGCGUCCAGAGGUUUUACAGGCUCUAGUUUUGGGAAUUUCUCGUCUACCUCAAUCUGCUCCUGCUUUUGUCGACAGCAAUAGAAAUACUCAUGUGACUGAAGGUUCUGUUGAAUCUUCUUUAACCGAUGCUACUGGUCAGUCUGAUUCAGAUAAUAAUUCUAGCACUAAUACGUCAUCGACUUUAAAUCGUAAUAGUUCAAUUGUGUCUAGUGUUGUAUUGUCAGGUAGUGAUUUGAGCAGUAGUCUAACAACUGGCUUUAAUUCUAGUAGUAGUAGUUUAACGUUGAAUUCUCAAAGUUCUACUGUUGAUUCACAUUCUACAACUCCUUUAGGCUCACUAGUUACUCGUGUUAAUCUAGCUGGCCUUCUUCGAUCUAGUUUACCCUUAGUUAAUGAUGUACAAUUAUUAACUCUUGCACAGAUUGCCUUACUUAUGCCUGGGCCAACUAGUAGUAGUGGGAUAGUGAGUGCUGGUGCAUCCAGUAUUGCAGGCGGUGCUUCAACAUAUCCCUCAUCUUCUGACAAUGUCAGUGAAUUAGCUUCACCAGCUCCGACUGUUUUAAGUGAACGUGAAAAAAUUGUAAAUACGCUGGCAAGACAUUGUAUUUUAACACCGACUGGUACAGCAACAGCGGCAACAACAACACCAGCAGCAGUCAAUGAUUCCAAUUUAUUGUAUGAAUCAACUGGAUCACAAGCGGGUGGUGGUGGUAUUUCAGCAAGUGGUGCUGCAAGUGGAAGUUAUAAGUCAACAAAUCCAAGAGUUCUAGCCGCUUUAGAUGCCCUACGCAGAGAUAUUGAACGAUGUCAUAAUUCGCUUGCAUUACCACUGACGCCUACAAAUUUAGUUGGUAUUAAACCUGGCGGCUAUAGUUCAUCUAGCUCCUCGUCGUCAUCAAAUAAUCUGUUUACAAAUUUCAGUAGUUUUCAAAUGCCAGAUGCUUGGAUCUCUCCAUCUCCACGUAGUCCACAAUCAAGUAGUAAAUAUUCACGUCCUACUGUCGAUUCUAUACAGUCGUCGGCAAAUUCAUCUGGCUAUUCCACCUCCUACUCUUCCUCCUCUUCUUCAUCAUCUUAUGGACUACACUUACCUAUUGGAACACCCCUGACUAAUCCCGGACUGAUGGGUGCUACGCCUAGUCUAAGUAACCUACAUGUUGGACAAAGUCAAGUGAUGACAUCUCGUAAACCUUCCCAGCCACCUCCUCCUCCUCUGAAUCCUGGAGAGUUUCGAACUCCCUUAUCACCGAAUCCUUUUCAUCAACAGAAAAGUAGUCACAACAGUAGGUUUGGUCCUGAUUCCUCGUAUGCUUCAUGUCCAUCUCCAGCUGUGCAUCGAUCAUCGACAUCUCAAGAGAUGAUGAUGAUUAUUCCUAGAUCUCCGUCGCCACCUUCUUAGUUGGUGAAAUCAGAUGUAAUAGAAUUAAUUAUUGAACAUUUGUGUUUUUCAUUUAGUAAGAAGAUUGCUUGUUGUAUUUCGUAUAUAUAUACAUUCCUCUGUAUAUUAAAAGAAGCUUUUCUCUGAAAUUAAUAUUGUCUUCUCGAAUAAAUUCAUCGAAGAAUUGUAUCUGUAGCUUUCUGUCUUCUGCCUUUGAAUUGUUCAUCUGAAGUGGUGGC